CAAUUACCAAAUUUGGGCUCCAAAAUCUUCAAUCAAGUAAAAGGGAAAAGUGCAUGACGGAGUUUAAAAAAGUUACGUCACAAAGAAAAAAGUUGGGCCCAUUUUGCUUUUUCCAACCAAGUGACAGACUACGCGCGUUUGUUCUUGUGUGGGUGAAUAGAAAAUCGUAAGCAUGAGCGAUCAGGAAGCCAAAGCUCUCGAAUCCACGGAUCAGCCAGCCGUUCAGGAUGAAUUCAAUGCCGGAGAAGCCGAAGUAGCAGGCGACGUUGAUAAAGAAUUAGAAGAAAUGAAAGCACGUGUUAAGCAGAUGGAAGACGAAGCAGCUAAACUCCGUACCAUGCAAGCUGAAGUAGAGAAAUCCAUGACUCCCGAAGAAGAUAAAGAAGCGGUGGACGGCCGUUCAGUAUAUGUUGGCAAUGUGGAUUACGGAGCCACGCCAGAAGAACUUCAAGCACAUUUCCAGGCGUGUGGCACAAUUAACCGAGUGACAAUUUUGUGUGAUAAGUUUACCGGUCAUCCUAAAGGUUAUGCUUACAUCGAGUUUGCGGAACCAGCAUUUGUGGAAGCAGCAACCACUCUAAAUGAGAGCCUUUUCCGUGGACGACUGAUAAAGGUUGGUCCCAAGCGCACAAACAUCCCUGGCUUUGCACAACGUGGUCGUGGUAGAGGACGUGGUGGUUUUAGAGGCGGCAUGUUCCCGCCAUAUUACGGACAUUCUCCCAUGUACGGCUACCGUGGACGUGGAAGAGGACGCGGAAGAGGAAUGUAUUACUCUCCUUAUUAACCGAUUUGAACGCCAUGGCAAUAAAAUAAGGAAAGAUAAUGUAGAUACAGUUUUUCUUGUACGAACAACCCUCGCUGGAAAAUAUACAGAAAUUAUGAUUUUGAAGCAAGCCAAUUAUGGAUGUUUGGUUGUGAGCUUCCACGAACCUCCA